AUGUCUGAGGUUACAUCUAACGGCUCUGUUGUUCCAAAUGGUACCCUCAAAAAAGGUAUGCAUAAAGUUGAAAUCGAAGUUAACAUGAGUAUUCAGAGAUUGAAAACGAGUAUGAUUUCACUCAAUGCACGCGGCUCAGUAAUGUAAGUUUUUCUCAAUGGAUUUCAUUAAUUUUUAUCUUACAGAUUCAAUACCUCGGAUGUUCUCAACUGGCCAAUCCUAAUGAUGAAGCGGAGAUGCAAGCUCUGAUGAAGGCACUAUUUCUAGAUUUCAAUGAGGAUAAGGAAACAUUUGCAGGUUCUGGAUGAACAAAGGGGUUCGAAUACGGUGUCAGUCACACUGGUAAUUCCUCAUGAUGUUACGGGUACUGUGGAGUAAGUUUCCUUCUACCCAGUAUAUUCAUGAAAAAUGUUUCCAGAUUGAUUGAUUCCACCGGAAGCCUCCUAUCUUCGUUUGCAAUUGUAUGUAUCCGAUUUUGUAUUAGAGGAGAGUUGGGAACGUCUCAAGUCAACUGUUUCGCUAUCUCUUUCACCCAUUCUCGACCAAGCAAAGCGAGUUCGGGAGAAGAAAGCGAUCCUACAGAAACAAAAGAAAGAAGAAAAGCCAGCACGGCCACACAUCAAUGCCACGUUUUCCGAGCUCUGGAGCCGGAGACGGUGAGUGAGAAUCUUAUCAGUUUUUGAUUUUAUUUUCCGCAGUUUUCUAGCGAAUUUCUAUUUUGAACGAGGACGAGCAGAUUUAAAAUUGAAGUUUUUGCCUAAAUUCAUCUUCGUUUUUAAGAACGUAGAUUUCACCUCAAUUGUUUUUAAGAACGUAGAUUUUACCUCAAUUGCCAAAUUGAAUCAAUUAGACAACCAGACCUUCCAGAUGAAAAUCUUUCAGAAGUAUUCUGUGGUAAAAAAUGCAGAAGAAAUCAAAAAUCGCUCUCAGUUCUCAGGUUGAAAAAAAGAAACAGUGAGUUUUCAGGCUGGUCGAGCUCUUUACUGCUUCUCACAAGCUUUUUCCAACAAGAAGCCGACAGAUGGAAACCGGCACGAAUUCACUUUUGAAGCUUUUCUCGACAUCCGAGUUCGAAAGUUUUCUUUAUCUAUUACUGAUUUUGAAAUACAGGAAAACGACGGAUCAGCUCAAACUCCUGAUUGGAAACUCUGUCCGCAGCAAAGUGGAACCUUCAAAUUGCGGCGAGACCGUGCAAAAAAGUUGAUUGUUCAGUUGAAGCAGGUUUCUUUAGAUCAAAUUGAUAAAACAAAAAAAUUGACUUCUUCACAGACAAGCGGAUUUCCGUUAACUAUAACAAAGUGUUUCGGAAUGCUUCUAGCAGCUGGAAGAAAUUUGAGGCAUUCGGAUUUGCAGCUGCUCGAAAUGGAGAAAACCGAAUUUGGUUGGUAGAAUUUUUGAUCUUUUGGAAAGAACAAUAAAUUCGAAAAAAAGUUAGUGGAAAUGGGGCAAGAAAAAUGAAGAAGAAUACGAGCAAAGUGACUGAUUUUGUAUAAAAACACUUUUUCACGCGAUAUUCUGAAAACAGAGUAUUUUCAGGCUCCGAUCCUUCAAUUUUCGUAAUUCAAGCCAACUGGGAUCCGAGAGUGCACAUGUUCGAAGUAUUAAACACUGAAACACCACGAGGUGGGUGAAAAACAACUCGUUUAUGUCUGUUUAAAGCACUUUGAAAAAGUUACGUUUUCAUGGAGUUCCAAUUUAUUUUUGCCAUUUCCGGUUCUUAUUUAUUGUAUUUCAGUAUAAACUUCUUUUUUCAGGAUAGAAAUUUGAAUGACUAAAAGUAUUUUCUCAAAAAAUUUCAUGAAAAAAAUCGCUAUUUAAAGAAAUCGUUUAUAUCUAGAAGCGAAUUUGUAAUAGUGCAAAGUGACUAAAUUUCUCAAGAAUACCUUGAAAAGUUCCCCAAGUAUAAGGAAAAAUCUGUUGAAUUGCAACUGGCUCCAAUUUUGAAAGUUCAAUGUUUUUUCGUUCAAGUUUUGAUUGCAGGAAUCAAAAAUUUUUGCCUGCAAAAUUUUUUUUAACUUUUCUUAACAUGUUUCCAGCUUUUUCUUGGCAAAUUAUAAUUUGUAUUACCUGUAUUGCUAAUUACGAAAAUCCCCGAAUAGAUAAUGGCUCGAUGGGCUUGAAUAAAAGAACUUUGAAUCAAGUUUUUACGAAAAUAAUGCGUUUUCAUAAAUUGACGGGAAUUUGGAAAAAGGUUAUUAUGAACGGAAAGAUUUGCAUAAUAAUAUAAAACAAUGAAUUUUUAGAGACAAAAGUAUUUAUGACGGUGGCGAUCGACGUGAUCGUGGCAGAAGUGAGCGAGCCGAUCAGAUUCUCGAUGGAAUCGAUGUCCCGCGUGUUCCACGAGCACGAGCGCUUUUACAAAACGCCUCACUCUGUGGUCCGCGAAGGCUACACACUCGUCUUGGAGGUCCGCUUUGUCCUUUCUCGCGUGAUUCAUUUUUCCCUACUGGUUUUUUGGUUUGAAUUUCUGUUUCUCGCACACAUUCUGAAAUAGAGAACUUAAGAAUGGUAUCAAUCGUUUUGCUGUAUGCUUGCUCACCGGCUGCUUGGCUCCAAAGUACUACAUUUACUCGCAAUAUUCAUCGCUUUGUGAAUAAUGAACGCUCUCAAAUAACUUUUAAAUCAGCAGCAAGCAAUUUUUCGAAGCGCACUAUUCUUUUUUUUACAGUUUUAAUACCAAAAUUCCUUUCAUUAGGAUUUCUUGCGGCUUUUUUUCUUUAGAAACUUCAUUUUUUUAAAUUAAUCAAAUGCGUGAAGUUAGGAAAAAAAGAAGGAAAGAAGCUUUUUUUCGACCAACUUAAAAAAAGUUGCAGAAGCUUGGACCAAAAAUUAGACAAAAAGUUGCAAAAAAACUGUCAAAAAAAUAAACUCUCGAAUCAACUACAGAUAAACAGUUUCCCAAAAAAAUUUUUCAAAACAAAGUGUUUUUUUAUGUGUCUGAUAAAUCCAAGCGCUUUAUUUUUCUGAUUGAUGAAAAAAAUGAGAUCAGAGAUUGAAAAAAAGAUGAUAACAGAAUACUAACAGCAGGUAGAAUAGAACUGACAAAUUUUUUUACACCGAAAUACUUCAAAAAAAUAAAAAUUUUAUUUUUUUUUUUCUCGCAAAUCAAUCAAUGACUUCAAAAUUGACUACAUUUUUGCGCUUUUAUGAGCCUUGAUAAGAAAAUUUGAUCAAAUUUGCAUUUGGUAAAGAAAGAAGUUGGUUUUUGGAAAAAUUUGCUGCGGGUGAUUCGCCGUUUAUACGUCCGCGUCUGACUUCUCCACCAACUCAUUGAUAUUUUCACUGCAGGCAGGCUGCUUCAUCUAAACAUUGCGAUCGCGCUUUUUUGUGUCCCAUACUUUUGCCGCCUCAUUCUGGCGUUUCACAUUAUUUCUUAUUCGUUCUCCGAUAUUCAGCCAGACUUUCGACCUUUUUUCUUUUCAGCGCGGAGCCGAUGAUUCAAAACAGUCUCCAAACGAACGCCUGAUAUUCUUAUCACUCGAAUCUGAUAGCGACAAGUGAGUGGGCGUCGUUUUUUUCUCUCCUUUUUUUCCCUCGCCGAAUGAGGCAUGUGAAACUGAGAAACGAAACAAAUGAAAAAUAUUUUUCUCGUAGGAGUCGUGUUUGUAUUUGUUCACGACGUUAUUUCCAGAAAGAGAUCAAAACUGAACCUUGGUCGGAGCCCUUCCAGAAUGCCAACACAACUUUUGCAUCCUACGGGAGACGACGAAUCAGGUGCCAAUUGCAUUUUUUCAAUUUCGAAAAGCCUAGUCCAAAAAAAUUUAGAAAAAAACGCGUUUUAAAUGUUAAAAUUGACAAAUCUCUCUAUCAAAAUCCACUGAAAGACUGAGAAAAAGCACGAUACUCCAGAAAUUGAAGAGUAGCGAUUGCAACUAAAGUGAAGUUUGAGGGCUCACAGAAAUUAAUUUAGAAAGUUUAGAAAGCUGAUAUGACAGUUUUUUCUCAUAUUUUUUCAAACUUAUGGAUUCACAAACUUCAUGAAUGGUUUUUAGCACUUCAAGAACAAAAAUUAGACUAAGUUUAAGGCAAAAGCUGUAAGUAUUAACUUACGGUCACUGCAAUCGGUGAUGAACAAUGAAAUUUUAAAGAAUUUGAUAAUUCCACCAAGAGAUCCAACAAUUUGUAUUUAUAUAGUUCUAAAAAAAGCAAAAACGUCUUUUCAAUGAAAUUUAAUUGUUUAGCUUUGUGGUGAGUAAUCUUAUGUAAAAAUAUUUUUUCUCUUUCUUUUUUUUUGAAGCUUUUUAAUUGACCCUAGCCUUUUAUUAUGUCUAACUUUCCAAUAUUUUGCUACUCCCGUUUGUACGUGAAAACUAUCAUGAUGCGCGCGACGCUGCGCGGCGUCUCAGUCGAGCCAAACCUGGCUACCUCCACAACUGCAAUUCUCAUUUUUCAUGCCUUUAUCUCAGAUUGCGAUGAACCUCUUCUAUCUGGGUCUGGAGUCGUUUCUCAAGAUUGCGGAGAAGAAGUGAUGCAAAACUGGAAUGAUUGCAUAUCUCAGUGGAAAGAAUCUUCUGAAGGGUACAUCAAUCAAAGUUAGAAGGUUGUAUUGUGAACAUCUUCAGUGAGCGGCCAGAAGCGGUCUCAUCCCUUAUUCUGAACGGUAUACCGGAUGCUCUGAGAGGCGAAGUGUGGCAACUUCUUUCAAAAGUUUAACUUUUCUCAUUUUUUUUUCAUUUCACAAGCUUCUGACUUUAAGGCAGACCAAUGUGCCGAGCUCAUUGAAACAUACGCGAUACUUUUAAACAAGGUGAUUUUUCAGUUCUUUGAAUUCGAUCCAACUGUUCCUUUUCAGGAGUGUCCCUCUGAACAAGUUAUCAUGCGCGAUAUUCAUCGGACGUUUCCCGCUCAUGACUAUUUCAAACAAUCUGGAGGGGAAGGUCAAGAAGCACUGUACAAAAUUAGCAAGGUAUCAAUGUUCUAUGUUUUGAAUUGCAAAUUUUUCUGUUCAGGCAUAUUCGCUGUAUGACGAGGAAGUAUCAUAUUGCCAAGGACUUUCUUUUCUAGCCGCUAGUUUACUCUUACACGUGAGUUUCAGGGAGUUUGGGAUGACGAGUAAGAUCUCGAGUUCAGAUGCCUGAAGAACAAGCUUUCUGUACUCUAGUCAAAAUAAUGUUUGAUUACGGGCUGCGAGAUUUGUUCAAACUCGGGUUCGACUGUCUUCAUCUACGUUUUUAUCAGCUUACCUCAUUGCUCAAGGUGAAUUCCUGAAAAUCGACUCACUAGUGGAGGAAAAUUCUAUCUUUUAUGACGAUAUUGGAAAAAGCAAUUAAAAAAACCCCAAUUUCAUAAAAGGAAAAAAGGGCGCAGGUUCAUUUUUUUAUUACCCAGAAAAAAACGAUUUUUUUGAAAAAAAUUUGAAGCGUGUUUAAUUUUUCUAUUUUUCAUUUUAUAGAAGCCUGAAAUUCUCAAAAAAACUUCUCAUUCUUUCAAAAUUUCUUACCUAAUCCGGCCUUUUUCAUGUUUCAAAUCCUAAUAACUAGCCUCCAUCCGCACGAAUUCCAUCUCAGAAACUGUGAAUUUGAACGACCUCCAUUCAGUUGCUUGGUUCCAGGAUUAUCUCCCCGAUCUUCACGCUCAUUUGGAGCAAAUAGGAAUCGAGACGCAUAUGUACGCGUCACAAUGGUUUUUGACCUUAUUCACCGCCAAAUUUCCGUUGCAAAUGGUGUUCUUCAUCCUCGAUUUGUUUCUCAGCGAAGUCUCUUUGUUUCGCAGGAGAUCAACCGGAAAAUGAGGUUUUAUAGGGGAUGACAACCAUUUUUCACAUUUCGCUCGCUCUUCUGCAAGAUGCAAAAACUGAUCUACUCCAGCUCGACUUUGAAGGAACUUUGAAGUGCGUUUGAAAAUCUUCAAAAAAAAGUGCAGCAUGAUAAUGCAAACUCAAUAUUAUAUAUAAUAAAACCUUCCUAAAUUCCAAUGAAAAAGACUAUUACACGAUCUUUUUUUCUUUGAUAAUAUGAUUCAUUUUUCUAUCAUUCCAAAGCCGUUGAAAAUUUGGACACACAUGAAGUUUUUCUCUCGGAGAACUUUUCUUUUUUUUUUGCUAAAAUUUGGCUCUCAUGUUCUGCACUAAUUGCGCUUUUCUUCUUUUGUGGAACCCCAGAGAACAUUUUUUUUUUCCGACUAGCAGUCAAUCGUCUUUUUCUCACUCCUUUCAUUUAAAACUUCCAGAUAUUUUCGUGUGUCUCUCCCACGAAAAUACCGUACAGAGACAACCACAAAAGGACUCAUUCAGCGGGCUGUCAAUUUCAAGGUAGACAUUGAUAAAUAACUCUUUUUCAAAAUCAUGUUCCAGCUCAAGCAUAAACGUUUGAAUAAGUACGAAAAAGAAUACAUUGCAAUGAAAGAAAUCGAACGGGAAAAUGAAGACCCUCUGGUCCGACUUGAGGUAAUGUUUCAAAAAGCUGUUUUAGAAGACUAUUAUAAUUUUGAAGAAAGAAAACGGGCGGCAUGUCGUCAACGUUAUGCGUCUGGAACGAGAGAACGAUGAUUUGGCUCACGAGCUUGUCACCAGCAAAAUUGAACUGCGGAAAAAGCUCGAUCUUGUUGAGGUAUGAGAAGUUUUACCUGAAAGGAAAAUUAUCAGUAAACUCGAGACUGAAUCUAAAAGUUUCUUUUGUUACAGGAUCAACUUGAAACUUCUUCAAACACCAUCGAACGUCUCACUCGGCAACAUCAAGAUGUUCUUGAAGAAAACCGCAACUUACUCCGGGAAUACGAGCAGGUUGUCAGUUUAACGUAGCUUAUGGUUACAAAAAAGAUACUUCAGAUCAAAGAAAUGUAUCGGAGGGACGUCAAUAGGUUAGAGGAAAACGCUUCGCGAGCUGAGAAACUUCUCGAAGAGUACAAGAAAAUAUUUUCGGAGAAAAGCAGAAGAAGCGAAUACGAACGCGAGCAGUUCGAAUCACAGAAAAGAUCGAUAAUAGUGAGUUUGAUUCAUUAACGGCUCGCUUUCUUUGAUAGUCAUGCAUGGUAAAAAUCGUCGAAAAAUUCAUUUUGUGGAUGUUGAUUUUAAAUUUUAGAAUUUUCCAGGCUUUAUAAUUUUUUUAACCUUUAACUAUUCCUUUUUAAAAUAAGAGUUUGAAGUGAAACAGUGAUGAUGAUUGUUUUCAGGCUCGAGUUUCAAGCUGCGACAAGUGCUGGCCGGCGAUCGAAGAGUGGGAAAAGAACCGCAGUCCUUCACACAGCGUCGCGUCCGUUGAAGGGCCAGACCUCCUCUCGAAGCUCGAAGAACAUGAAAACCACAUCAAGUUUGCGCCAAACCCUCUUCUAAUGCGAUUUGACGUGUCAGAGCGUUGGAAAUCGACUUGGCGCAGACAAAAUUGGCGUUGGUUGAAGCUGAAUGCCGCAACCAAGAUCUGACCCAUCAACUCAUGACUCAAAGUGAGAGCGACGGAAAAAAGUAAGUAUGGAUCCGGGAGGGGAACAGCAACAAAGUGUCUAUUAGAUUUUUUUUUUGAAAAUCUGUUCAUAGCCUUAAGGAGAAUUUCCAAAUGUGCCUAUACCUUUUUUUCCCCCAUUUCAAAUCUUGUGAAAAAAACGUUAUAAAAAUUGCCUCAAAGCUAUAAAAAUGGAACAAAUUCCAAAAAAACUCGCAUAUGAAAUAAGCUGUUUAUUUAAUUUGAAUUUAUAUCAUGUUUCUAUCAAGAUUUUUGUGAGAGUGUUUCAUUUAUAAAAGAUUACUGAAAAAAAUGUUUGAUCUAAAAAAAUUAUUUUUUUACCUUCAUGUCAUUCGAUAGAUUUAUUGACUUUUUAGAAUUUUUUUAAACUUUGCUCAAACGGAUUUUUGAUAACCAAAAAGUUCCUGAGAAUUCCAAUUAGGGAAGAUUUGUCAGAAUAAAAAAUAAACGUUUUUCACAAAAAUCUUAAUUUAAAAAUCUGAACUUGCAGAUGGUUCAAAAAGACAAUAACAUCUUUGCGGGAAGUCGGCUCUUCGCUGAAACAACAUGAACGUUCUAAUAGUUCUGUGGCUUUGUAA